GCUGAAUUGCCUUUGGUACUGGUGCAUUCGUCCUGCUUGUCAGCACAUGCAUUCCACUUUCCACUGCAAAAUCCACUUUGGACCCAAAAUUUUACCUCACCUUCAAGAAAAGAACACCCCUACCCUCCCAUAUAUUUCACUCUCUUCUCUCUCCUCUCUGCACAAAUCUAGACUAGAUUACAAGUUCCAUGUCACCAUACUCUUCAUAGUUGAAUACAUAAAGGAGUCUUCAAACCUAUCAACAACACACACCACUAUAUAUCAAAACCUCCUAUCUCCAAUUUUCCAUCUUAUGUAUCAUUUGUUUUCCACUCCAAACCUAGACAUGACAAGCCCUUUUGCUCUUUUCUCUCUUUCAAAUCCAAUUAAAAAACACCCUUGAAACCAAGAUUAAUAAAAGACCUUCCUUGAUCUUCCACAGUUCAAGUUUCUCUCUAAUACUUUUUUGUAAGAAUACUUGAGAGAGAAAGAAGAUGAGAUCAGGAGGUUGCACAGUGCAACAAGCUCUAACUCCAGAGGCUGCAAAUGUUGUAAAACAAGCCCUAACCCUAGCCAAGCGACGCGGCCAUGCCCAAGUGACUCCCCUCCAUGUAGCCAACACCAUGCUUGCCCCUUCCACCGGCCUACUCCGCACGGCUUGCCUUCAAUCCCACUCUCACUCCCACCCUCUCCAAUGCAAAGCCCUAGAGCUUUGCUUCAAUGUUGCCCUAAACCGCCUUCCUGCUUCUUCCUCGAGCCCCAUGAUGGGCCCUCACUCUCACUCCCAACAUCCCUCCAUCUCCAACGCGUUGAUCGCGGCCUUCAAGAGGGCUCAAGCCCACCAACGCCGUGGCUCGAUUGAAAACCAGCAACAACCCCUCCUGGCUGUGAAGAUCGAGCUUGAGCAGCUCAUAAUUUCCAUCCUCGAUGAUCCUAGUGUGAGUAGAGUCAUGAGAGAAGCUGGUUUCUUAAGUACCCAAGUGAAGAGCAAUGUUGAAAAAGUAGUUUCUUUGGAACUAUGCUCCCAAACACCUCUUCCAACUAAUAACAAGUCUAAAGAAAACAACAACCUUCUAGUUGGGGGUAAAGUAGGGAGGCCAAGGGCAUCAAAUCAAGCAAGGAAUGAGGAUGUGAUGAGUGUGAUAGAAAACAUGAUGAACAAGAGAAGAAAAAGUAUUGUGAUUGUAGGAGAGUGUGUUGCUACCCUAGAAGGUGUAGUUGGAGGAUUGAUGGAUAAGGUUGAUAAUAAAGGAAGUGAAGUUCCUGAGGCUUUAAGAGAAGUGAAGUUUAUAAGCCUCCCUCUAUUUUCUUUGGAGAAUCGCUCGAGAGAAAAGGUUGAAGAGAAGCUUGGGGAGCUAAGUUUCCUUGUAAAGAGCUGUGUAGAGAAAGGGGUUGUUUUGUAUUUGGGAGACCUAAAGUGGAUCACAGAGUAUAGGGCUAGGUCAGAAGAUCAUCCAGGGACGGGAUACUAUUGUCCUGUGGAUCAUAUGGUGAUGGAGCUUGGAAGAUUGGUUUGUGGGGUUGGUGAAAGUGGGAGGUUUUGGCUAAUGGGUAUUGCAACUUUUCAGACUUACAUGAGAUGUAGGACUGGUUGCCCUUCAUUGGAAACUGUUUGGGGUCUGCACGCUCUUACAAUUCCUGAUGGAAGUUUGAGUUUGAGUCUCAUUCCUGAGAGUGAUGUACAAAGUGGGUCUAGCAGCAAGAAGGCUGGAAAUGGGUCUAGUUGGCUUCUUGUUGAAGGUGGAAAUGAGACCAAGGAACUCAACUGCUGUGAUGAAUGCUCCACAAAGUUCAAGACUGAAGCCCAAAGCUUGAGAAGCAGCACUUGUACCAGUGAGGCCACCACCUCCAGUCUUCCUUCAUGGCUUCAACAAUACAAGGAUCAAAACAAAAGACUUGCUAACAAUGAUCAGGAGGACUGUGUCCCAGUCAAAGAUCUCUGUGAAAAAUGGAACUCAUUUUGCAGCUCUGCCCACAAACAGCCCUACUCAUCAUCUGAGAGAACUAUCAACUUCUCUUCUAUAUCACUAUCACCUUCCUGCUCUACUUCUGGCUUUACAUAUGAUCAUCAAUGCCCUAAUUUCCACCCUAUUCACCGGGGUUGGCCAGUCUAUGAACCCAAACAGUAUUGGAAUGACCAGCAUUUUUCAACUUCUGAACUAGUUAAUAGCAGAAACUGUGAAGAACCAAGUUUGAGAAUGUACAUUCCUGAGCACAAAAAUCCAUUUUUGUCGAAUCCCAACUCAACCCGUAACUCUGCUUCGUCUAGCGAUGUCAUGGAGACUGAUGAGUAUGUUCAGAGGUUCAACGAGUUGAAUUCUGAGAAUUUGAAAACCCUUUGUGACGCGUUGGAGAAGAAAGUCCCGUGGCAGAAAGACAUCGUUCCAGAAAUUGCUACCACAGUAUUGAAAUGCCGGUCUGGAAUAGCAAGGAGAAAAGGGAAGGUGAGAAGUACUAGUGAGGCAAAAGAAGUGACUUGGCUUGUCUUCCAAGGAGUGGAUGUGGAUGCCAAAGAAAAGAUUGCUAGAGAACUAGCUAGGCUUGUUUUUAGCUCACAUUUGAGCCUUGUAUCGAUUGCCUUGAACAGCUUUUCAUCACCAAGAGCUGAUUCAACUGAGGACUUGAGAAACAAAAGAUCAAGAGAUGAGCAAAGUUGCAGCUAUGUAGAGAGAUUUGCUGAGGCAGUGAGUGCUAAUCCUCAUAGGGUGUUCUUGGUUGAAGAUGUAGAGCAAGCAGACUAUUUUUCACAAAUGGGUAUCAAAAGGGCUAUUGAAAGAGGAAGAAUUGGGAAUUCUAAUGGCAAAGAGGUGAGUCUUUACGACGCUAUCGUGAUUUUGAGCUGUGAAAGCUUUAGUUCAAGGUCACGAGCAUGCUCUCCUCCGAUCAAACAGAAAUCGGAUGGCUGUGAAGAAGAGGCUAGCCCUUGUGUCUCUUUGGACUUGAACAUUUCAUUCGAGGAUGAUAGUAAUGCAGAAAAUCAGUCAAUCGACGAUAUAGGGCUCUUAGAAUCUGUUGAUGGGUUGAUCAUUUUCAAAAUUCAGGAGUUGUAACAGAAGAUAAAACUUCCAGCCACCAGAUGGUUUUGACCUUUUUUUUCUUUUUCUUUUCCUCUUUGUAUUCUUAAUUCUCAAACAUCCAUUUCCUAUGGAUGUAGACAUAUAUGUUGGCAAUCAAUGAAAACCGUCAUGUAGAUUAUUAUAUGUGAUCAAACCUGUUAUAAGCUUUCCAUCA